AUGGUGGACUACUACGAGGUGCUGGGCGUACCCCGGUAGGCCUCAUCCCAGGCCAUGAAGAAGGCAUACCGGAAGCUGGCGCUCAAGUGGCACCCUGACAAAAACCCCGAGAACAAGGAGGAAGCGGAGAGGAGAUUCAAGCAGGUGGCAGAGGCCUACGUGGUGUUGUCGGACUUCAAGAAACGUAUCUAUGACCACUAUGGCGAGGCGGGGGCGGAGGGUGGCUGGGCUGGCAGCAGGCGCUUCGAGGACCCCUUCGAGUACGUCUUCAGCUUCCGGGACCCGGCCGAGGUCUUCAGGGAGUUCUUUGGCGGCCGGGACCCGUUCUCCUUUGACCUCUUGGGAAACCCGCUGAAGAAUAUUUUGGGGGGUUGGAGGAGCUGCUGGGGAAGCAGAAGCAGAGCGUCUGCACCCCUUUUCUCCACCUUCAGUGAAUUUCCAGCUUUUGGGGGUUUUUUUUCUUCUUUUGAUACGGGAUUUCGUUCCUUUGGCUCCCUGGGAAGUGGGGGCCUUUCUUCCUUCUGCAUGUCCUACGGUAGUGAUGGGACAGGCAGCUUCAAGUCCAUGUCGACUUCCACUGAAAUAGUUGAUGGCAAAAAAAUCACCACCAAGAGAAUCAUUGAGAAUGGCCAAGAAAGGGUGGAAGUAGAGGAAGAUGGAGAGGAGUUAAAGUCCUUCAUAAUAAAUAGCAAAGAGCAGUUACUGCAUAUUGACACCAAGUAA